AUGAACCAACCACCUAUUUCUGUAGAUUCAAGUUAAAUAAACCUAUUAAAAAAUUUGGAUGACAUUGAUGAUAUCUUCAAUGGAUUGGCAUAGGAUGAUGGAGCUUAAUUAGAUUAAGAUUUUGAAGAUUUUUUAGAAUGUUUUAGUGAUGAUGAAGAUUCAGAAGAGGAAUCGAAUUUCAGACCAUUUCCAAGUUUCAGAAAUGUAACUCCAUCAGUUUAAUUCUCAACUUUUGCUGAAUCGGAUUAAGUUAUCAAAAAAUAAACAGAGGAAAGACUGUUAUUAGCCCCUCCUGGAGAUCAUCAAUUUCCAGUUUAUGAUGAUUAAUAAUAGGAGGACUCAGUUGAUGAAGACGAUGAUCUAUCUGAUUUUUUUGAUAGCUUUGAUAUAAAUAACACUCAUUAAAAUAAGGAAGAUGAGGUCAAUUAUAUUGAAAUAAAAUAUUUUGAUGAGACUUACAAAAUUCCAAUCUUUACAGCUAAACUAUUUGAACCAGAAUAGCCUCUUGAGGAUAGAUUGCUAUUUGAGAAUACUGAAUUAGUUUUAUCUAAAACAGAAAUGCAUGAUUUUCAUAAACACUUAGAAAACAUUCUGACAAAAGAUCAGAAAAACUUCAAUGAUUUCACAUUCUCGGUCAUGAUUUUAAAAAUUUAAUCUGCCCUACUGGCUGAUCUUCUAAAAUCUUUUUUAAAAAUGAAAGAUUUUUAAUAAGUAUGGUUGGAUAUCUCUCCAUCAUUUAUCUGUUAAGAGAAAGUAACAUAAUUUGGAAGACAAUUAAAACAGUUUCAAGAAUCAGUCAAUUAUGUCAUUGACAGCAAUUCCAACAAGAUUACCAGUAGAAGAUUUUUUGAUAAAUAAAAGCCAGCUUACUUUCAAGAUAAAAAAAAAGAUAACAAAAAGAAAGAAUUGACAGAAGAAGAAAAAAUAUUGGAACUACAAUAAAUACCUUAUAAUUAGAACUUUAAUCCACAGUCUAGUUUAGUUUGCAUUCUAUUCUUUAAAGCUCAAGCUUUAUUUGAGUCAUGGUAACAAUUCUUGCAUUACAAAAAGAAUUCUGAAAAAUAUAAAGAAAUUUCUAAUAGAUUUGCUAGACUCUAUGGACACUGGAAAACAGUAAAACUAUUAAAAAAAUUUGCUAAAUUUACUCCAAGAACAAAAUAAAUAUAUAUUAAACCAUUAAAGGGAGAUGAAGCAUAAGAUUUGAAAGAAGAAAUAAAAUUUUACCAAAAUUUUUUAUAAAUGAAGACUUUAGGGAUAAUUAAUAAUUUGGCUAACUCACCAACCUUGAAUAUAAAUGGUGGUUAAUUGAAAAUAAAAUAAUUAAAUCAGAUAAGAGUACCUUAAAAAUAGAAAUAUAUUUCUUAAUAAUAUCUCAAAUAUACUUAGGAACUAUUUUGA